GGCUUCACUUCUGAGAAACUGGCGAAUCUUCUGACGUGUCAUCUCUCCAGCAACAGCAGCACUUCUCAAAAGAAAUCUGGAAACUUCUCUUCACCAAAACAAAUGAGAGUCUAGAUCAAGCGCUCAUCAUGUUCUCCAGCAGCGCACAGAAUCUGUCUCAGCCAAUCAGAAGCCAGUCUCUAUCACUGCUGCUGGAUGUGAUCGCUGAGCUGACGCUGGAGCGGUGGAGUGACGACCAGUGGAGCGAUGUGGAUUUCAUCGGCAUGAAGUUCGGUCAGAAUCUGAAGCUCUUUUUACCGUACGCAUCUUCAACUCUACUGAGCUGCGUCAGCGGCAAAAACCUCAGCUGUCAAACCUUCCAGCAACUUGUGCAGCAGUUCAAUCUUCAGCUUCAUAUGAUGAAUGAGACGCAGAGAAGAACGUUGGUGGACGUCUUCAUCUUACCCUUCCUCAGAAGGAACACCACAAAUGGAAGCUGUACGUUCACUUCUAGCAACAACACCGAGUGGAUACUGAAGAACUUUGGCCAGUUUGUUGAGUUGGUGUCUCUCAGAGAUCUGUUCUUCAUCCAUCCACUCUUUGAUCCCUUGGAGACGCUGGUGUAUCUCUCUCGAGUGCAGAAGGUUGAUUUAAUGGUGGAUGAUCUUCCUGGUCUUCCAGAGAAAAAUGAGAUCAUCAAUAAAGUGUUUGAUCAUCUGCUUGAGUCUCCUGUGGAGCGACGUCUUCCUGAAGUUCUUGAGUACCUCCUCGUACGCUUACGGACGACGUUUAUUCCCUGCAGCUCCUACACACUCAUUUUGAAGAGGUUGGUCCAGACUACGUCUUCUCUGCCAGUUGAGAUGGCGAAUCUGGUGCUUCAUGCAACUAAAGAUCUGCAGGAGAACGGAUCGAGAGGCUGUGAACCUCCUCAACCACCUGAACCACCAACAUGCUUAUUCACGUCAGUCAAUGCCACUAGAGUGUGUGAAGGAGUCACCAGCUUCAACAUCUCCGACAGCGUCUCAUGUGAUAUCAAUGUGGAGCAGUACGCUUGUUCUCCAUUGAGCGGCUUCACUUCUGAGAAACUGGCGAAUCUUCUGACGUGUCAUCUCUCCAGCAACAGCAGCACUUUCUCAAAAGAAAUCUGGAAACUUCUCUUCACCAAAACAAAUGAGAGUCUAGAUCAAGCGCUCAUCAUGUUCUCCAGCAGCGCACAGAAUCUGUCUCAGCCAAUCAGAAGCCAGUCUCUAUCACUGCUGCUGGAUGUGAUCGCUGAGCUGACGCUGGAGCGGUGGAGUGACGACCAGUGGAGCGAUGUGGAUUUCAUCGGCAUGAAGUUCGGUCAGAAUCUGAAGCUCUUUUUACCGUACGCAUCUUCAACUCUACUGAGCUGCGUCAGCGGCAAAAACCUCAGCUGUCAAACCUUCCAGCAACUUGUGCAGCAGUUCAAUCUUCAGCUUCAUAUGAUGAAUGAGACGCAGAGAAGAACGUUGGUGGACGUCUUCAUCUUACCCUUCCUCAGAAGGAACACCACAAAUGGAAGCUGUACGUUCACUUCUAGCAACAACACCGAGUGGAUACUGAAGAACUUUGGCCAGUUUGUUGAGUUGGUGUCUCUCAGAGAUCUGUUCUUCAUCCAUCCACUCUUUGAUCCCUUGGAGACGCUGGUGUAUCUCUCUCGAGUGCAGAAGGUUGAUUUAAUGGUGGAUGAUCUUCCUGGUCUUCCAGAGAAAAAUGAGAUCAUCAAUAAAGUGUUUGAUCAUCUGCUUGAGUCUCCUGUGGAGCGACGUCUUCCUGAAGUUCUUGAGUACCUCCUCGUACGCUUACGGACGACGUUUAUUCCCUGCAGCUCCUACACACUCAUUUUGAAGAGGUUGGUCCAGACUACGUCUUCUCUGCCAGUUGAGAUGGCGAAUCUGGUGCUUCAUGCAACUAAAGAUCUGCAGGAGAACGGAUCGAGAGGCUGUGAACCUCCUCAACCACCUGAACCACCAACAUGCUUAUUCACGUCAGUCAAUGCCACUAGAGUGUGUGAAGGAGUCACCAGCUUCAACAUCUCCGACAGCGUCUCAUGUGAUAUCAAUGUGGAGCAGUACGCUUGUUCUCCAUUGAGCGGCUUCACUUCUGAGAAACUGGCGAAUCUUCUGACGUGUCAUCUCUCCAGCAACAGCAGCACUUUCUCAAAAGAAAUCUGGAAACUUCUCUUCACCAAAACAAAUGAGAGUCUAGAUCAAGCGCUCAUCAUGUUCUCCAGCAGCGCACAGAAUCUGUCUCAGCCAAUCAGAAGCCAGUCUCUAUCACUGCUGCUGGAUGUGAUCGCUGAGCUGACGCUGGAGCGGUGGAGUGACGACCAGUGGAGCGAUGUGGAUUUCAUCGGCAUGAAGUUCGGUCAGAAUCUGAAGCUCUUUUUACCGUACGCAUCUUCAACUCUACUGAGCUGCGUCAGCGGCAAAAACCUCAGCUGUCAAACCUUCCAGCAACUUGUGCAGCAGUUCAAUCUUCAGCUUCAUAUGAUGAAUGAGACGCAGAGAAGAACGUUGGUGGACGUCUUCAUCUUACCCUUCCUCAGAAGGAACACCACAAAUGGAAGCUGUACGUUCACUUCUAGCAACAACACCGAGUGGAUACUGAAGAACUUUGGCCAGUUUGUUGAGUUGGUGUCUCUCAGAGAUCUGUUCUUCAUCCAUCCACUCUUUGAUCCCUUGGAGACGCUGGUGUAUCUCUCUCCAGUGCAGAAGGUUGAUUUAAUGGUGGAUGAUCUUCCUGGUCUUCCAGAGAAAAAUGAGAUCAUCAAUAAAGUGUUUGAUCAUCUGCUUGAGUCUCCUGUGGAGCGACAUCUUCCUAAAGUUCUCCAGCGGCUUUUUGCUUCUUCUUUUGUGAAUCCUCUGAGUUGUAAGUCAAACCAGAUCAUUUUCAGGAAACUCGAGCAGGUCUUGAGAACAUCAGCUGGUGAUUUGGAGUCGAUCAUCUGGAUAAGUCUUUAUAAAUUCAACAGCACAGCACCUGCAGGUUGCUCAUUACUGCCAUCUGUGGAUGAGUGCCCGCUGAUUCCAUUCAAUGAGGCUCAGGUGUGCAGUGGUGUGGACAGUUCAUCGUUACAGCAGCAUCUGAAAACUGCAGACGCAACAUCAAAGUUCUGUGACUUCAGCGUUCAACAAUACGCAUGCACACCGAUGUUGAACGUCAGUGUGGAUAAUCUGGUGUCUGUUCUGGAGUGUCAGUCGUCUGCUGAUGUUGUGAGUUCACCCGGCAGCUGGAAACUCUUUCUGAUCCGUGUUUCACAUGUGCUGGAUUCUGCUCUCCACACGCUCUCUAACACGUCAAUGUGGUGGAGCGCCCAAUCCGGUUCUGUUAUUCUGGACGUGCUGCGAGAGCUGCGACUGGACAGACUGACGGACGACGGCGUCAUUGCAGAACAGUUUGGCGAGCGUCUCAGACCGUUCCUGCCGCUCGCAUCCAGAACAUUCCUGCAGUGUUUGAGCGUCAAGAACUUCAGCUGUCAGAACUUCCAGAGAGUUGUGUCAGUGUUUGAUGCAGGAUUCCUUCGUAUGAAUGAUGUUCAGCAGCAGAUGACAGUGAAAGAGUUCAUCUUACCCAUCAUCCAGAGACAGACGAGAGAGUCGGCGUGUGUGUCCAGUAACAGCUCUCUGUGGAUCAGCAGUAAUCUGGGACAGUUUUCUUCACUUCUGACUCUGGAUCAGCUCAUCACUCUCAACCCACAACUCAAUCUGUUGGAGACGCUGGUGUAUCUGUCUCCGGUGCAGUUGGUCAGUCUGAUGGUGAAUGAUGUUCCUGGUCUUCCAGAGAAAGCCGUGGUCAUUGAGAAAGUGUUUGAGCACCUCAGUGUGUAUCCACUGAAGAUUCCUGACUUUCUACACAACCUGAUCGUCAUGUCAGAAACGAGCAACAUGUCGUGUGAUUCCUACAGAGUCAUUUUCCAUCGUCUGGAUCAUCUCCUCAUCAGUGUGUCCGUGAGUCUGGAGACGCUCAUUCUGAGGAAGAGAACGGCUCUGCUCAAGAGUGUUCCACUGGGUUGUUUAAUUUACAGCGGAGAGUGUGACAUCACUCCAGUGAAUGAAACGGAAGCGUGCAACAAUGUCAACAGCUCUGCUGUGUCGGUGUAUCUCAGCUCGUCUCCUGACCGCAGUCACCUGUGUGAUUACAGCAUCGCACAAUACUCAUGUGCACAGUUGACAGAUCUGACCUCAGAGGACCUGAAGACGGUGCUUUCAUGUGGUUUCCGUGGUAACGACAGCGUGUCAGAUGAGACGUUGAAACUCUUUGUGCAGAAGGUCAAUCCUGUGCUGGGUCUCGCGCUUGACCAGCUCAAUGUCACGAAGCUGAAUAAGUCCCGCCUCUCAGUGUCGUUCUUGAAAAUGAUUGGUGAGGUGACUCUGAGCACGUUCAGCUCAUCAAGUCUGACAGAUGAUUCGUUCGUCCAGCGCUGGUUUAAUGACAGGCUCCGCCCAUUUUUACCACACUCCUCUGAAGCGUUUCUGUCCUGUCUCACCACCCGAGACUUCAGCUGUGACACCUACAGGACUGUGGUGAAUAGUUUCAGUCAGACUUCUGAGCUCAUGUCUCCUGACACACAAGAAAACGUUUACGUUGACUUCAUCAACAUCUUCCUGUCGCUCAACAACACUGCAGGUUGUGUGACUGGAACUAAGAACAGCUCUGAUUGGCUGAUCAAGAACUUUGGAGAUUUCCGUGUUUUCAGCACAAUCAGCGGCCUGCAGACGCUCAACCCGUCGUUCAGUGUGAUGGACACUUUUAGCCUGAUGACUAUCAGACAGUUAGUGGAAGUUUCCAGCACUCCCGGUCUACUGUCCACCAGCGCUGAUGUCAACCAACUGCUGUCCAACAUCCCAACCAAUCAGCUCACAGAGUUCUACAAACCUCUUUCUUUGUCACUACAGUCUCAGGACAUGCCUCUGUCUCCUGCGGUGCGUGAAGAGUUUCUGCAGCAGGUGUUUGUCAGAGUGAAUCUCACGAGCGCAUCAGAUGUUGAUCUCCAGCUGUGGAUCCAGAACAUUCUGCCUCCGUUCAUCACCAACAUCAGCGUUCAACACGUCACCUCCUACUUCAGUGUCCUACAGGGACGACCCUGCUCACUCAGCCAACAGGGGGUUGAGUUGUUGAACUCGUCCAGCUCCAGCUUCACAGCUGCGACACAAGAUGAGAUCUAUCGUCAGAUCCUCAACUCUCUUCAGGGAUCCGGCUCUCUGCGUUGCUAUGGUAACCAAAGUUAUCUCUCAUUCCUGCAAUCGUCCUUCAUGGGCUUCCAGUUCCCCAAUCUGAGCCUGUUCCUGUCGCUGAUGCCGCCAGCCCGCGUGCCCGAGCUGAUGUCAUCCAUGUCACCGGCAGAGAUCAGCAUCAUUCUCAACCGACCCAAUGCUGUUGAUGAUGUCACUAAAGUGUGCCAGCUUCUCUACGCGUACCCUAAAACUCCUCAGUACUUACAGAGGGAGCCGGUGGGGUCUGAGUUUUUGGGCCGGCAGGUGUUGUCCUGCGUGUGGCCUCAGGUUCUGAGGGUGGAGAACCGUUCGGAGGUGGAUCGGUGGUUUGAUCAGCGACUCGUUCGGUACCUGCCCUUCCUUACCGCACAGCUCGUUGAUCCAGACGUCACGAGGAACGCCUCCUGUCUCUCCUUCAGCAAGUUUGUUUCUGUGAUGAGUUCAUAUAACUUCAGCGCGGUGGGGUUUUCUCCUAGAGAUAUCUACAGCAACAUUCAGAUCUAUCUGAACACCACAUCAACUCCCAAAUGUUACGAUCCAUCUCACCCUGAACUCAACUCCACCGCGUGGUUUGCCAACUAUAUCUACACGUUCAUGAGCUUCAUCACUCUGGAUGAUCUGACGCUUCUCUACGGUUCCUCACAGCUUCAGCCCUUCACUGUGAACCUGGACAACCUGAAACUCUUUGAUCUGCUAAGUGUUCCUGAUAACGUCACCGAGUUCUACAUCACGCUGCUCUUCAAGCAGGACCCGUCCUUCAGCGCCUUCUAUCUUCCUAUGAAGUUCCGUUGUUUGGCACCGCCGACCUCCUUCAGUAAUUUGAGUAUGGAGCAGUUAAAGAUCGUCUCUCCCAGAGUCAAUCAAAACUGCUCCAACAUCCCACCCGACGUGUCGGCAGCUCUGUCCAGUAACCCUCAGGUGUUGUCGGUGGAAAGCAUCACAGUUUUGGGUCAGUCGUGUAUUGGUUUGAGUACGACUCAGCUCAGCGGCGCUGGUGGGCGUGUCCUGAGGGACUCUCUGUCUGUGCUCAGCUCUGUGAUUGGCUGGAAUCAGGACCAGGCCAUGACCAUCAUCCAAAGCCUGCUGUCGUCUGGACUUUACAUGAUGAACAGCACCAGCAGUCUUCAGGCUGUGGGUUCGCUCAUCCUCGGCGUUUCAUCAUCUAUGAUCGUGUCAAUCUCAGGAAAUGAGCUCCUCGCGUCCCUUCAAUCAGCUUCCUUUGUGACUCACGUCAGCUCUGCACCGGUCAUCGUUCAACAGACUAUGGUCAAUCAGAUUAUCGCCAUCAGCUCAUCUUCUGAUUUCAUAGUCAACAACGUUCCUGCAGUCAUGGCAACAGAGAUCCCGCGCAUCUAUCUGGUCAAUCUGUCGCCUGCUGCGGUGGAAUCAAUCAAUUUGAAGACAUGGAAACACGAGCAGGCCAUUAUGCUGUUUGAAAUAGUUGCAGCAAGGAUCAGUGAUGCAGACAACAUCUCUUUUCAAGUGCUUCAGGGUUUCACGUGUACUCGAGUUCAAAAUUUUAGCACGCUUCAGAUCAAUAAUCUGAUUCGUGGGUGCCGUCAGCGUGAUAAUACCACCAUCAUCCUGCAGGAGUCACAGUUGACGUGUAUGUAUUACUACAUCAAGAGCAGCAAUCCUCACUCGUUUACCCAGUAUCCAGCCGAUGUUCUGCUCUAUUACAACUACUCUCUGGUUCAGUCUUCUCAAUGUCGCUCGUAUUUCUCUGCGCUGGGCAAUGCCAAGUUCUCUGUGUUAUCCAGCAUGCUCUCUUUCAAACAACAAACACUCUUCAACAACGCCAGAGAUUGUCUGGGUAUAUCAGGACUUCAUAUCAGUCGUGAGCAGCUGGAUGUUAUGGGAAGUAUGUGUUGUAUUCUGAGCGCUGACUACAUUCAGAACUCUGACCCGCACGUGCUGGAAAAACUCAAAAAGUGUCCAGAUCUAUCACAACAACAGAUCUCUGCUGUAGAGACUCUACUGCUGUCUGGAAACACAUCAUACGGAUCUUCAGAGAGCUGGAACAUAAAGACUUUGGAGAAUCUGGGGAGUCUGCCCCUGUAUUUCAGCUCUAACGUAUGGAACAAAAUCCCCAAGGAAGACAAGCAGAGGUUUCUGAAGGCUUUCAUCCGUGGCCUGAGGAAGAAAAACAUAGUGUUCGAGAUUAAGUUUUUGAAGAUGACAAAGGAGUCAAGCAAAAGCUCAAAAGUUAAAAGAGCCACCGAAUGUACAGUAGGACGGAUUACACAGAUCGUGGUUUACAGCGAAUUGUUUCCGUUUGAUUAUGAUGCGGCUCAGUUUGACCUCUGUUUGAGUGUUGAAACGCUGAAGGAGAAUCUGGAAGCCAUCACAGAUAAAGUUUACGAUCCUGAGCUUCAGAGGAUUAUCCUCAACAAACUCAACCAGGCCUAUCCUGACGGACUCUCUGAUGAGCGGCUGCAGGUCUUAGGCUCCUCCUCCCGCGCGGCCACGCCCAGUGAUGUCACCAGAUGGAAUGUGACAAAGAUUGACACGCUGUCAUCUCUGAUGGCCUCAGGCAAUGGAGAGUGGGACCCUGAGAUGGUUCGGCUGAUUGUCAGUAAGUAUCUGAGUGUGAGUGGAAACAGACUGGGCAGCAGUGAACUCAACUCACUGGGAUCAAACAUUUGUGCUCUCAACACAAGUGUGCUGAACAACAUCACAGCAGCCAGCAUCGAGAAGGCGACUGCUCUCCCGCUGACCAACUGCACUUCAGAGCAGAAGAGAAUUGUGUUCGGCAUCGCUCAGAGCGCGUUCAGCAAGACAAACACACGAGGACCAGACUCCGUCAGUCCCUCAACAUACCAACUGAUGCAGUCUUACCUCGGGGGUGCUGAUAAUACGUUUGUGCGUAAACUUGUGAAUUCAAACAUCAACAUGGAUCUGAUCACCUUCGUGAGUCUGGAGCAGAGCGUCAUCAAUGUGCUGAAUGUGAUGGAUGUCAAGAGUUUGUUGGGGGUGAAUGUAGGAGACCUGAAGACGUAUGAAAGCGCUUCACAGAUUCAGGAGUGGAUCAAACUGCAGCUGCAGACGGAUCUGGACACGCUCAAAAUCGAUCUCACAGGUGGCAGGAUCGCCACAGUAACCAUCAGCACAACUAAAGCCCCAUCAGGACCGAUCAGCACCGUCACAGCAGCUGGAGGAAACACCAUAGCUGCCUCCACAACUAAAGGUGCUGUUUCCAGAGUUUAUGCACCUGUCUGUCUGCAGCUCAUCCUAUUGGCUGUUACAGUGCAGCUCCUGCAUUGAUGACAUCACUAUACCUGUGUGUGUGUGUCUCCCUCUUGUGUGUAUUUAAUGAUAAUCAUUAGAAAAAUGUCAUUGGAUAAUGUGUAACUGAGAGAAUCAUCUAUUGAUCUGUAAGGUUCUUUAGAACGCCUUCAUUCAGUCUUUUAAUAAGAGAACAUUUUCUUUCUCUCCUGAUGAAACCUGGGAUGUCCGUGAUUAAAUGAAGAAAUACUGUGUUGUCAAGCACUUUAAAUGGUACUUUUGACUGGUUAGAUAUUUAUCAAACCCAGUCUCAAACAUAAACUCAUGAUGUAUGUGGAGAUUCAAGGUUUCAGAAGGACAGCAGCCAUUUUUGAACUGUAAGAUUCCAUAAUCCAAAGAAAAUGUUCUGAAUUUUUUAACUAAGUUGAUUCAAAUAUUCAUUUCAUGAGUGUUUUUGUGCAUUAAUGUUCAGAGAUAUGAAAGCAUUGAUUCCGGUUCAUCUCAUCAGAUCAGCCGUUUUAACUCUGAACACAUUUAUUCCCAAAGUGAUAUGUCAUUAGUAAUUUUAUUCAUUUAUCUCUAGAGACACUAAAACAGUUAUUCAAUGCCGCACAGACAGUUUUGUCUGAUCAUGUUUCAUAAGAGUCUGUAUCAUCGCUGUCUGUUCAGUGUACUGUCAAUAAAUCUGUGCUCACACUA